AAAUGCUUCGAGAACCUGGUUUAUAUUACGAGGUAUUCUAAUUUGCCCUUAAAAACACUUAUAUAUAAUAUCAAAUGUUCAUUCUCCAUUUUGAAUUUGGUUCUUGCAUUUUUGCGUCAGACUGUAUCCGGUAUCAAUAUUUUAUCUUAAGAAAACUUUUGUAUUUAUAACUUACAUUUUAUAAUUUUUACAAACUCUUAAAUUUUUUUAAUUUUAAUUUUAUGAUGUCUGAUACAAUAGAAACUCGUAAAAUUAGCGAUUUAAAAGUGCCUGAACUUCGUACUGAACUAGAAAAACGUGACUUGGAUAAGUCUGGUGUAAAGGCCGUGUUAUUAGAACGUCUUCAGAAGGCAUUAAUUGAUGAGGGAGAAGAUCCAGAAAGUUAUUUAUUUGAUAAGUGUGAACUAAAAAGCAACGAGAAAUCAAUGACUGCUGAAAGUAACUUGAGGUCUCCUAGUAUGGAGAAAAAAGAUGUUAAAACAGUUAAUGUAGCCGAAAAGAAAACAACUACACCUACUAAAACUGUUAAAACUAAUAUUGUAGGUAGGAGACCUGGUCCAAAAUCAAAAACUUGUGUACCAUUAGUGAAGGUUGAAAAAAUUGGUACCAAUUCCUUGAAGAAAAAAAAUGAUGAAAUUAUAAAAGAAGAACAACCUGAUAGCAGCAAUGUCGUUAGUCCUAAUAAUGAUGCAAAAUCUAUAACAAAUGAAGAAGUUGAAACUGAAAUAUUAGAUUCAAAUGAGGCCGAGGCAAAAGAAAUUUUUAAUACUGUAGAAGGAAUCAGUAAUGAUGCACACCAUGAAACUGAUUUUUCAAAGGAUGUAAGUGAUCAAAUUCAAAAUGAACCAGAUGUAAAAAAUGAUGAAGUUGAAAAUUCAAGUGUUAUUUUAAAAAAUGAAAAUUAUGAGACAACUCAAGAAAAUGACUUAAAAGACAUAAUAAAUGAAGAGUUAAAAACAGAAAGUAAUAUUAUUGAAGAUGAAAUAACUCAAAAUGAUAAAACUGUUGAAUUCUCUGAAAUAAAAUCUAAAGAUAUUGUUGACGAGGACUAUAUUCAAGAUGAAGAAUUAGAUCAUGAAGUUGAUGAAGAAGAUAUUAAAGGAAAUACAGAUGUUUUUGAACAAAUUGAUGAUUUAGAAAAAUGCAUUCAAGAGACAAACAAAGAUGAUAAUAAUGAAGAUUCUAUAAAUUUAACCAUUGGAGAUGAUGAUAUUAAAUUAUUUGCCGAUGAGGAAGAUACAAAUAUUGAAAAAGAGGACGAAGUGCAAGAGAAUCAAACUAAAGAAGAAGCAGUUUCAAAUAUAUCACGAGAUUCCCGUCGUCCAGUAACUUGUAGUAGCAGUAGCAACAAUGUUGUAAAUACCAACAAUGUGGACAACAAUUGCAGUAGAACACCAACUGCAUCAACCAAAAACCGACGUAACACUACUGAUAAGCGGAUGUCUGUUGGAGACAAACCACGAGGUAGCCACAAAGAUGAAAACACCAUUCAUGUUAAACUAAAUGCAAGUGUCAUCAAUAAUGAGAAGAAAGAAGAGGAUAAACAAACUAAAGAUAAAGUGGAUGUUAGCAACAAGCAGAGUAAUGAAAUCAAAGGACAGUCAACUACGAGUGAUUUAUCAAAGAAAAAUUCCACUUCUUCCCUUGUUCGAAAUAUUUGGGUUAGUGGUUUAUCAUCUAUUACCAAGGCUACAGAUCUAAAACAGUUAUUUUCUAAAUAUGGAAAGGUAGUUGGUGCCAAAGUUGUGACAAAUGCAAAAACUCCAGGAGCUAGAUGUUAUGGUUUUGUUACACUUUCUUCUGCCGAAGAUGCUAACCGAAGUAUUGAACACUUGCAUCAAACUGAGUUACAUGGUCGAAUUAUUAGCGUUGAAAGAGCUAAACGAGAUAAUGGUUAUCAACAAUCAUCAAAAAAUUUAGAUUGUGCAAAAGAAAAUGAUAAGUCUGAAACUGAUAGAAAAAGCAAAAAAACAGAGGAAAGAAAAGAAAAAAAAGAUGAAAAAAGAGAAAAAAGACCAGAAAUUACAAUUGAUGAUAUUGAUAAAAAGGUUGAUGUAUCUAAAGAUCGUAAACGGUCAUUAUCAAAAGAUAAAAAUCAAGAGUUAAAACGUUCCAAAAUUGUUAUUGAGAAAGAUGAUCGUAGAAAGGAUAGAAGUAUUAAAAGUAAAAGUAAUGAACAUGAUAGAGAACGACUAAGAGAUCUUGAACGUGAAAGGGAACGUUUAGAAAGAGAAAAAAAACGACAACAAGAAAUGUUAAACUAUGCUAAAAUCAAAACAGAGCGUGAAAGACAAAAACAAAAAGAACAUGAAAGAGCAUUAAGAGAAGAAGAACGAAAAAGAAGAAUUGAAAAAGAACGUCAACUAGAAAUUGAACGUAAACAGAAAGAAGAAGCUAUACGUUUAGAAAAAGAAAGACAAAAACUUAGGUUAGAACGUGAAAGAAUUGAAAAAGAGAAAGCAGAGUUACUGCGUUUAGAACGUGAAAAUCAACGUUUAGAACGAGAAAGGUUACAAAGAGAAAAAGAAGAGUUACGAAGAGCUCAAGAAAAAUUAGAAGAAACUAAACGUCAAGCAGCGUUAAAGCGUGCUUUACCACCAUCACCUCCACCACCUAGUAAGAGACACUCAUCUUCAAGUUCUCGAUAUGAUGACAGAAAGGAGUCUGUUAUUCGUGGUUCUCGUGGCCAAUCGGGUGCAGAAUAUAUUAGUCCUGCAGCUCCACCACCUCCUAAUAUAACAUCCUCUAGACAUCGUUAUGAAUCACAUUCAUCAGAUACUCGUCGCUCAAGACCUUCUCCACCACCACCACCUCCUCCAGCUUCACGACCCAAAGAUUCUGCAGUUAGCAUGAGAUAUGGAGCACCACCACCCACUGAUCAUCAUUAUCGAAGCCGUGAUGAACGAACUGAAAGAAGAGAAGACUCACGUAGGAAAGAAUCUAGUAGUAGACAUGCUCAUUCUUCCUAUGAUUCAAGCAAAAAUUCUUAUGGAAUGUCUCGUACUAGUGAAAAUAGCACUUGGUCAUCAGCACCUAUUAAAGGCUCAUUUAGUUCUAUUGGUUCAAGUUCUGGAACAAGUAGUAUGCCUAUGAGUACAAGACCUGAUCCUUGGUCAUCUAGUAGUAAUCGUGAAAUGGAAGCAUCUGUUUGGCAACGUCCUCCUCAACCCCCUACUGAUAAAUGGAGUAACUCAUCAACCAAUCCAUCAUCGAUGUCUAUGAGUAGUGGACGUAGUUCUGGAAGUAAUAGCAUGUAUGUUAACAAUCAUCAAGUUUUACCCAAUAUUGGUAUGAAUAUGUCAACUAGUUAUAGUGAUAAUAGAUAUGAUAGUUACAAAAUGAGCAAUAUGUCAAGAAAAUAUUGAUUAGUAUUUUAUUCGAAAACUAUUUAAUUCAUUUUACAGUACAAAGCAUUCCUACAUAUAACAAAUCUCUCUCGACAUUCAUUUUAUAAAAUAGAUUAUAUAAUUUUAAUGUUAUUAACAUGAAAAUUUAGUUAAUUGAAAUAGGGUUUUUGUUUUUUUUUUUUUUUUUUGUACAGUUUCUUUUUUAAAUUGUUAUUGUUGAUGUGCAUAUGACCUCAAUUUUCUUUAAUUAAACAAUUUAACAUUUUGUGUCUUAAUUUUC